UGAAGUUAUAAAAGUUCCACAUAUAAUAGCUGGGUUGUAUGGUUAGGUUAAGGCGGUGAAUAGGUGCGGUGGCUUUGGAAUCCAAGAGCCAGUGGAAAACAAUUGAUCACAAAACAUACUCAUACAUCGGUGCGGUGAGAUGGAGGAAGAAGAAGCUGUUCCGGUCGAAGCAGAAGCAGAGAACUCCGGUAGCUCCGGUGCGGUGAGUCGGGCACGGAAGCUGCUGUUUCGGCGAAUGCUAGUGGGUAUCAAAGACGGAAGGUUCUUCUUGGGUUCCUUCUAUUGCAUUGACAAACAAGGCAACAUCAUUCUCCAAGACGCCAUCGAGUAUCGCAGCACGCGCCAAUCCUCGCCUUCUCCCAUGGAACAGAGGUGUCUCGGCCUUAUUCUCAUUCCCUCCUCCUGUCGCACCUCUUGUCACGUGGAUUCCUCUAUCCACGAACAAUUCUCUCUCCUCUCGCUUCAUCCAGGGCCACCGAGAGUUAGCUAGGGUUUCCUAUGUAUGACUGUGAGUGCCUCUUCAAUUGCUCAUGUUUCGUUACUGAAACGAAAGAGAAUUUGUUGGUGCUACUGAUAGUUUCAGCUAUAUGUUCAUGUUUUUGUACAUUUUGAGAUGCUAAAUGAUCUAUCAGAUUUGAUGUGAGCGAGGAACAGGUGAAUUUCUUUUGUUAAAUUGCGGUUGUGGUAAUAGUUUGUAUUGGUUGUGAUAGUAGUUUGAAUUGCUUGAUAUUGCGGAAAAUGUAGCUGAUGUAUACAACAUCUCAAACACAGUCAUGGUUACAUUGCAGAUGCAAUUACUUCAUAAAUCUUGAUAUUGUAGCUGAAUUCAGGUUC